CGGAGCCGGGACUGUCGCGCUGGCCGCGCCGGCGAUGCCGCGCCCCCGGGCCGGGUUGUAGCGGGGCCACGGCCGGAGCGCGCGCCGGGCAGGCCGGACAUGGAGGUGGUGGACGAGACGGAGGCGCUGCAGCGCUUCUUCGAAGGCCACGACAUCAACGGUGCCCUGGAGCCCUCCAACAUAGACACCAGCAUCCUGGAGGAAUACAUCAGCAAGGAGGACGCCUCCGACCUCUGCUUCCCUGACAUCUCUGCGCCCGCCAAUGCGGCCUCCUACUCCCACGGGCAGCCAGCGAUCCCUGGCUCCAGCGGGGUCCACCACCUGAGCCCCCCUGGGGGUGGACCCUCCCCGGGACGCCAUGGCCCCCUCCCACCCCCGAGCUACGGUGCCCCGCUCAACUGCAACAACAACAACGGCAUGGGUGCUGCUCCCAAGCCCUUCCUGGGGGGCUCUGGGCCCCCCAUCAAGGCAGAGCCCAAGGCUCCCUAUGCCCCAGGCACACUGCCGGACUCGCCCCCGGACUCGGGCUCUGAGGCCUACUCCCCGCAGCAGGUGAAUGACCCCCACCUUCUGCGCACGAUAACCCCUGAGACCCUGUGCCACGUGGGAGUGCCCUCCCGCCUGGAGCACCCACCCCCACCUGCAGCCCACCUGCCAGGCCCCCCGCCACCCCCGCCGCCCCCACCUCACUACCCCAUCCUGCAGCGGGACCUGUACAUGAAGGCCGAGCCCCCGAUCCCCCCCUACGCUGCCAUGGGGCAGGGGCUGGUGCCCACCGAUCUGCACCACACCCAGCAGUCCCAGAUGCUGCACCAGCUGCUGCAGCAACAUGGAGCUGAGCUCCCCACACACCCCUCCAAGAAGAGGAAGCACUCCGAGUCACCCCCCAGCACCCUCAAUGCCCAGAUGCUGAAUGGAAUGAUCAAACAGGAGCCUGGGACCGUGACAGCCCUGCCCCCACACCCCGCUCGAGCCCCGUCCCCACCCUGGCCUCCCCAGGGCCCGCUCUCACCGGGGCCCGGCUCUUUGCCCCUCAGCAUCGCCCGGGUCCAGACACCGCCUUGGCACCCACCAGGCGCACCCUCCCCAGGCCUCCUACAGGACAAUGAUAGCCUCAGUGGUUCCUACCUGGACCCCAACUACCAGUCCAUCAAGUGGCAGCCACAUCAGCAGAACAAGUGGGCGACCCUGUACGAUGCCAACUACAAGGAGCUGCCCAUGCUCACCUACCGCGUGGACGCCGACAAGGGCUUCAACUUCUCGGUGGGCGACGACGCCUUCGUGUGCCAGAAGAAGAACCACUUCCAGGUGACGGUGUACGUCGGCAUGCUGGGCGAGCCCAAGUACGUCAAGACGCCCGAAGGCCUCAAGCCCCUUGACUGCUUCUACCUGAAGCUGCAUGGAGUGAAGCUGGAGGCCCUGAACCAGUCCAUUAACAUCGAGCAGUCGCAGUCAGACCGAAGCAAGCGGCCCUUCAACCCCGUCACGGUCAAUCUGCCCCCUGAGCAGGUCACGAAGGUGACUGUGGGGCGGUUGCACUUCAGCGAGACCACUGCCAACAACAUGCGCAAGAAGGGCAAGCCCAACCCUGACCAGAGGUACUUCAUGCUGGUGGUGGCCCUCCAGGCCCACGCACAGAACCAGAACUACACGCUGGCCGCCCAGAUCUCAGAGCGCAUCAUCGUGCGGGCCUCCAACCCAGGCCAGUUUGAGAGCGACAGCGACGUGCUGUGGCAGCGGGCGCAGGUACCUGACACAGUCUUCCACCACGGCCGCGUGGGCAUCAACACAGACCGGCCGGACGAGGCGCUGGUUGUGCAUGGCAAUGUGAAGGUCAUGGGCUCGCUCAUGCACCCUUCGGACCUGCGGGCCAAGGAGCACGUGCAGGAGGUGGACACCACGGAGCAGCUGAAGAGGAUCUCGCGCAUGCGGCUGGUGCACUACAGAUACAAGCCCGAGUUCGCAGCCAGCGCGGGCAUCGAGGCCGCCGCACCAGAGACGGGUGUCAUCGCUCAGGAGGUGAAGGAGAUCCUGCCCGAGGCUGUGAAGGACACUGGGGACAUGGUCUUUGCCAACGGGAAAACCAUAGAGAACUUCCUGGUGGUGAACAAGGAGCGCAUCUUCAUGGAGAACGUGGGUGCCGUGAAGGAGCUGUGCAAGCUGACCGACAACCUGGAGACGCGCAUCGACGAGCUGGAGCGCUGGAGCCACAAGCUGGCCAAGCUGCGGCGACUCGACAGCCUCAAGUCCACCGGCAGCUCGGGCGCCUUCAGCCACGCAGGGAGCCAGUUCAGCCGGGCGGGCAGUGUCCCCCACAAGAAGAGGCCCCCCAAGGUGGCCAGUAAGGCAUCAUCUGUGGUUCCAGACCAGGCCUGCAUCAGCCAGCGCUUCCUGCAGGGAACCAUCAUCGCCCUGGUGGUGGUCAUGGCUUUCAGUGUGGUGUCCAUGUCCACACUGUACGUGCUGAGCCUGCGCACCGAGGAGGACCUGGUAGACGCUGAUGGCUCUUUUGCCGUGUCCACUUCCUGUCUCCUGGCCCUGCUCCGGCCCCAGCACCCUGGGGGGAGUGAGGCCAUGUGCCCAUGCAGGUCCAGCCAGAGCUUUGGGACCACUCAGCUCCGACAGUCCCCUGUGACCACUGGGCUGCCAGGCAUACAGCCCUCUUUGCUGCUGGUGACCACCAGCCCGACCAGCUCAGCCCCAGGGCCCGCUGUCCGCACCUUGGACCUGUGCUCCAGCCACCCCUGCCCUGUCGUCUGCUGCUCCUCACCCACCCCUAGCCCUUCCACUGGCCCUGGCCAUGGUGUCAGCCCCAGUCCCAUCCCCACUGCCAACCGCUCAGGCCCCAGCCAGAUGGCCCCGCUGCCAGUCACCAACAUCAGAGCCAAGUCCUGGGGCCUUUCAGCCAAUGGCAUUGGCCACUCCAAGUAUCCCAAGAGCCUGGAGCCUGUGGCCAGCCCUGCAGUCCCCUUCCCCGGGUGGCAGGGCAAAGCCAAAAACAGCCCCAGCCUCGGUCUCCACGGCCGGGCUCGCCGAGGGGCCCCCCAGCCCAGCCUGGGCCCUGCUCAGCCCACUCGGGCCCCGGGCCAGCCAGACCCAGUACCCUCCCUGACCUCCAUCCAGGUGCUGGAGAAUUCCAUGCCCAUCACCUCCCAGUACUGUGCUCCUGGGGACGCCUGCAGGCCUGGAAACUUCACCUACCACAUCCCUGUGAGCAGCAGCACUCCACUGCACCUCAGCCUGACCCUGCAGAUGAACUCCUCCUCCCCUGUGUCCGUGGUGCUGUGCAGUCUGAUGUCAAAGGGGGAGCCGUGUGAGGAGGGCGCCUUCCCGCAGAGUCUCCACGCCCACCAGGACACCCAGGGCACUUCUCACCAGUGGCCAGUAACCAUCCUGUCCUUUGGUGACUUCACCUACCACUUCCGGGUGGCACUGCUGGGUCAAGCCAACUGCAGCUCAGAGGCCCUUGCCCAGCCAGCCACAGACUACUACUUCCACUUCUACCGCCUGUGCGACUGAGCUGCCCUCCUGAGGCAGCACCACACCAGGGACCAGGGGUCCUCGGGCACCCCUCUCACACUGGAUGCGAUGGUGUUACACUGGAGCCUGCUGCCGCCAGCUCUGCCAUACGCUGGCCCUUCCCUCGACUGGUGAAACUGGAAGUCCUCACACUGGAGUUGCUGUUCCAGCUGGUCGCCCCUCACCCUGCACAGAGGGAGCCAGAGACAGACUUCCUGGGCCUUCCUGCCUGCCACCUCCUCUGGGCCAGGAAUUCACACCUGUCCAGAUAUGGUGGUUGGAAGGUUGGCUUCGGGUGUCCUGGAGGCCAGAGGAAGCCUGUGACCCUGAUUUGUCCAGAGCCCACUCUCCCCUGCCUCCCCUUUUGAGACUGGGAACCACCCCUCUCGGAGAGGACCUGCCUGCCUUUGAGGUCAGCUGGGGUCUUGGAUCCAGCACUAAGAGACUUGGCUGGACUCCCAUGAGUCAAUGGAGGGCAGAAAGCUCUCCCCCUCAAAGCUGCUCCCCGGGGGACAGCUUGGUAGAGGAACUUUUGGGGGUUGACUGUUACGCUGGACUUGGAUUUCUAAGCUUUAAGUGUGGCCCAGGUGCUUGGCUCCCCCAAACUCCCAGGGCAGCCAAGGCCAGUCCUGGAUGGGUCGGAGAGACUGACUUUGUGCCUUAAGUCCACUUAGUGCCUGGUGAAGCCACCCUGGGCCCUUCACAGGCCUGAACCAGUGGGGGCCAGGGGCCAGGUAAGCCUUGGACCCUUGAACUUGGAGCAUCCCAGAAGAGGAAGUUCCCUAAGAGCCCCCAGAGAGUGUUGCAGCCCCACCGCCUGUGUUCCUGGGAGCGUCCACAGCUCACAAUGGUGUCAGUGACCACAUCAUUCUCUCUGAGCAGAGGAGCAGGAACCCUGCAAGCAGCAGGCUGGUCUUGGCUGGUGGGCAGAUGUCAAUAGCUUUUGCUGUUAUUAAUGAAGUAAUUACUAAAUGCACUUAGACCAGGGCGGGAAGGAGUGGAAGGAUGGAGCUGGAAGGCCCAGAGCGGGCCAGAGCUGUGGUGUGACGCCUGCUCCUGGGGAGCCUCAGAGAUGCCCGUCCCACUCCUGACCACCACGACUCUGGCCUCUCCCUCCACUCUUGUCUGCUGGUGGCCUCGUCUCUCCAGAUCAAAGGCUCCCCUGCUGGGCUUGGACAGUCAAGCUGGAGGGACCCGUGCCUGCAGUAGGCUCCAUCUGUGUAUCCCUCCCAGGAGCAGGAGUGGUGGGCGUGGGUUAGGGAAGAUGUUUUAUCUCAAGUGCCAACCUCAACGUUUCAUAGUGGCACCUGGAGCAUUGUGAGGCCACACCCAGGUUCACGGAAGGAGUGUGGUCAUCAUUUAGCCAUGUCUGCCAUGGUUCCAGAAACGGGAAAGGGAAUUGCCGUCCGUGCCCUGUGGCACUCUGCCAGCUCUUUGGGAACCAGGCCUUGCCCAUCCUACCUCUCAUUCUCAGCUUUGAAUGAGAGGGCUUUCUGAGGGGGAGCUGAAUUCUUGAAGCCUAUGAACUGCCAGCCCCCUUCUGCCAUGGAUCUCAAAGCACUUAUCCUCAGGAUAGGGAAACACCAGGGGAUACAGGGAUACCCCACCUGCAGCCCCUGCCCAACUGGGCUCCAUGCCCUCACUCUGACAUAGGAAUUGUGUCAUGCAGGCGGCCGAGCCUCACUUAGGACUACACUGUGCUCCCCCCUCCCACUGGGGAAUCUCUCUCUGAUGCCUUAAAACUGCCGAGCCCCACCCCUUGUAAUAGGAUUCUGUUCCUUCCUCACUAGGGGUAUGUGUUCUUGGACUGUGGCCCUUCAGUCCUUAACUGGAAAGUGACCCUCCUCUGCCCCUCUGGAGUCUGUCUGGACACAGCAUAACCCAGUCCCGUUAGCAGCUGGAUCUGUUUCCAGGCCUGGGGAGGGGGUCCUCAGUGCAGGGGUUGGGGCCAGGGUGGGGCUCCAAGCUGCUUGAGGGAGUCAACCUUGGACCAAAGUUGCCUUAAGCCCGUGGUAAACGGGCCUCAGGGAAGGUGAGGGGCCACCUGCUGGAGGCUGCCGGCCACCAGGCUGGCAUUGGGGUACGGGUGUCUCAGCUCCAACCCCAACCUGGGGUCCAGCAGGCCAUCCCUCCCUUCCUCUCUCCUCUUCAGUGUCUGUUCUUGUAGCCACUGGGCUGAUCUCCCCUUAGCUUCAAGCUGUACAUAGGGCCUCCCAGUGCAAACCCCCUGCCCACACCAUACCCCCCCUUAGAAGCCUGCAUGUGCAUAGAGCACCCCACCCCCAAGUUAACUCCCAGAUCCCCUCCCUGAGCUCUGACUCAUAUUUAUCAUGUACCAACUCUGACUCUGCAGUGGGCAGAGAGGGAGCCUGCUUGCUUCCUGUCCCCCCAACUGUUCUUUUCUUCUGAAGUAAAUAUACAUAUAUAAAUAAAUGUAUAAAUACUGCUUUGUAUCUGA